CGACUUUACUUUAUUCAUUCAGUAGCGAGAGCUGAGGUGGAAUCUGAUCUGUCACAGCUGCAAACACACUUUAUUUUUAUGCCCAUGUCGUGUCUGCAAUUUCGUCCACGACAAAGCUGACCGUGAGGGUGAUGGUCGCAACCACUCCCUCUGCACACCCCCUCAUCCUCUUGCCACCACUCUUGUGAUAACUUCCCCCAUCGAUACGUAGCAGUUUAAUAGUCAGAUGCUGACCAACGUGUGCAACUAUUUUGUCCGUCGCCGACGUCGACUUUUCUUCGUACUAUCCACAUUUAGUCUUUGUUUAAUUAUCUUCAUUCUCUGGAGUCGUCAGAGGCCAAGUUACAGCAACGGUGGUGGUGUUGAUGGUGCCGAUAAAAGUGAUGAUUACAACAGCAAUCGAAUCGUGUUUCCUGGACGGUUCGGUUACCAGGAGGCAGACCAUCUGGCAUUACAACACGAUGCGGAGGCGGUAGUUGACACGUCCACUGGGGACGACCACCCUGGCACGAUCUCGGCUCAAAUUCUUUCCCUACGGGUCCAAGCACGAAAAGAGAACAGGGACGAAUUUCUAGUUCCCGUCCUUCGAGACUUUGAGUUUAGCGAGGUCGAUCUUCUUCCUAUUCGACUCGUGCUGCACAACGAUUAUGACGAGGAGAUUAAAGAUGACCUCUCUAGAGUGAAGGUUGGUCUUGGUGAGCGUGGGGAGAAGGCAGCCGUGCCAUCUUAUCAGGAAGACGUAGCUAAAGAAAUUAUGAAGAAAGAAGCAUUCAAUCGACUUUUGAGUGAAAUGAUUUCGCCAAAUCGUUCUACUCCGGACACAAGAGAGCCAGCUUGCAAGGAAGAAGUCUACCCACAUUCUCUUCCGGAUAUGAGUAUCGUCAUCAUCUUUACGAAUGAAGCCUUCACCAGUCUUGUUCGUACGCUGCACAGCGUCAUUAAUCGGACUCCCUCCCACCUCUUGAAGGAAAUCAUUAUGGUUGAUGAUUAUAGUGAUCAUCGCGACCUGAAGGGAAAGCUGGAAAGAUAUAUCGCCACAAAAUUCCCCAUCGCAAAGAUAAGGCUCGUUCGGCUGGCUAAACGUUCGGGUCUUAUCCGAGCCAGGAUGAUCGGAGCACAUUUAGCCAUUGGGAAGGUGUUGCUCUUUUUAGAUGCUCACUGCGAAGCAAUUGAAGGAUGGGCUGAACCACUCCUGGCUCGCAUUAAGGAGGACAGGAAAGCCGUCGUGUGUCCCAUUAUCGAUGUUAUUGAUGACAAAACAAUGGAAUAUUAUCACGGGAAUGGGGAAUUUUUUCAAAUUGGUGGCUUCACCUGGUCUGGACACUUCACUUGGAUUAACAUUCCAAACUAUGAGGCUGAGCGUAAAAAACAUCACCAUUCCCCAACAAGGAGCCCCACAAUGGCCGGAGGCUUGUUUGCCAUAGAACGAAGUUACUUUUGGGAAGUUGGCUCGUACGAUUCAGAUAUGCAGUUGUGGGGUGGAGAAAACUUGGAAAUGUCCUUCAGAAUCUGGCAAUGCGGCGGCAGUGUCGAAAUCGUGCCGUGCUCUCGAGUUGGUCAUAUUUUCAGAAACUUUCAUCCAUACUCGUUUCCCAAUAAUGUCGACUCUCACGGUCUCAAUACGGCCCGACUUGCCGAAGUAUGGAUGGACGAAUACAAAGAAUUGUUUUAUAAUCAUAGGCAAGAGCUCAAGCAUGCAAAAUAUGGAGAUGUCACUAAACGCCACGAUUUUAGGAAACGGUUGAAAUGCAAAAGCUUCAAAUGGUUUUUGGACCACAUUUACAAGGAAAAAUUUCAAAUGAUGUUUGGAAGUAGUGAUUACGGACAGGUGAAGAAUGAAAAGACGAACCAGUGUUUUGAUAAUAUGCAGCAUUCCGAAUCUGAAGAGUAUGAACUUGCCCUAUAUCCUUGCCAUUCCAAACUCUACCCGAGCCAGACCUUCAUGCUCAGCAACAAAGGAGAGCUGCGACGUGAGGCAGAAUGUGCAUCUGCCACCGGGACAAAGGUUCAGAUGGUUCAGUGUGACCACCUCCGUUCCGAUGACCUUUGGGAGCUUCGAGCUACUGGAGAGUUAGUCAGCCAACGGAGCAACAAGUGCCUCACCGUGGAGCGAGAAGGAGAUAAAUACGUUCCUACUUUGGCUAAAUGCAGUGGCGGAUCAGAGCAAAAAUGGUCAUUCGACAAGUACGACACACAUUUCAUCCCUGGAGUGGAAAACGAUAACGACGACGACCCUACAUAACAUAAUGAAAGUGCUGAAAUAAUUAUUUACUACGGGAUUCAGUCAGUAUUCCAAUUUUUCAGAGAUUCCAAUCAUCGUUGUGAUUUACGUUUUAGUACUAAAUACAUGUAUAAAUACUUAAUAGAGCACUCAAGAGUGCGAUACGAUGAGUUUUUCAAGCAAUUCUCCUAGUCCCUUAAGUCAUUUUCUGUUGUUAACUGAUAGCGUCUAGAUAAAUAAUUAUUCAAUAUUGAGAACCAAAAGAAGAAAUAGUACCUUUUGCCUUUCUGUUGUUUAAUGGUUGUCACUUUGUCAGAUUGUUAAACUGAGAGGUUAAUUUAACAUACGAUAUUAAUAUGAAGUCUCCUACUGGACAUUUUGUAGGAUUUGAUACACAUUCCAUUGCAUAGAACUUAAAAAUAAGAUUGUUAUUGUCCUCCAGAUAUAGUUGACAGCUCAAUAUUUAUAACAUACAACUUGUAUGAUACAAGCUAAAUACAUAUUAGUAUAUAUUUAUUCCGUAAAAGUUAUAAGUUAGAGUGGACUUCCAGGGUCGUCCUUUAGUGUCAGUGUGUCUGACUGACGGCCUAUUCACUUUUAGUCAUACUGUGCAUUAAUCAAUUAUACUUUUAAGCCAAGUGAGAUGAAAAGUACUGUUCUGUUUAUAUAAUGCGUGCAUGUAAGUUACAUUGUUAAAGUUUUCCAAGCAUAUUUACUACGAAAAAUAUCAACCGUAUUGGUAUAAACAAAGUUGACUGAAUUAUAAUUUCAUGAAAUAAAUUGCAAUCAAUAUUUUAAA